AUGAACGCACGAACAACCCGCGCAAACCGAACGGAUAGUUCGAGUGGCCAGCCACCACGGCGGCAGGCCAACGCAUGCCUGCGAUGCUAUGAGAAGAAGGUUAAAUGUGAUAUGGACAGUGUUGGCCAGCCUUGCACCGGCUGCGUGACCGCUGGGAUCGAAUGCCAAAAGAGAUCUCGCAAACCUUACCCGCCCCGGAAGGACAGCAGCACGCCGACUUCCUCCGCAUCCGAAGCACCUCCUCCACCUACAGCAAUCUGCCAACCAGACAAGCUACCAACUCCGCCGAGGAGCGUACCUUCGGAAUCACUGCCAACGCCCCUGUUCAAUCCAGAACCAUUCGACUUCUCUCUGGGGUUUCCAGAUGGAGCGGCGCACAUGUCAAGCUCGGCGCCCAUGACCACGUGUGACGAUGCCACGAUGACGGGGACUAUGCCGUUCUUCAGCGGUGAUCCGCAGGGCUAUGGCUAUAUACUUGACAUUUGCAACGCAGAAAGAGACUGGACUGCUCAGCAUUAUUUCAUACCGCAGGCGACCGUAGACACUCUGGAUCCCGAGUCAUUGUCGUAUGCUGAGGCAAAGGGCUGCUUUUCACUGCCCAGCCAAGCGCUUUGCGAGGAAUUGGUCAAAUGCUACUUUCACUUUGUGCACUCCACACUGCCUAUAGUGGACGCGGAGGACUUCCUAUCUCAGUAUACCCAAGGCUAUCAAAACCCGAGCUUACUCCUUUUGUGGAGUAUGUUCUCCGUUGCAGCUAACUUCGUGACCAACCAUCACGUCGCUCAAUCCGGGUGCAAGACCCGUCAAGAGUUCAAGAAGUCCUUGUACAGCAAGGCAAAGUGUCUCUAUGAUAUCGGCUAUGAGCAGGACAAAAUCACGCUGAUACAGUCCUCUCUUCUACUCGGCUUCUGGUACUCCGACCUUCAGGACAAUGCACAGUCAUGGCAUUGGACCGGAGUGGCUAUAUCGAUGGCCCAUGCCAUAGGCCUGCACAGAGAUCCGGACUCGAGGAACAUCAACAGCUCGAUAUCACCGGCACGUCGCAGGCUGUGGUCCAACAUCUGGUGGUCCUGUUUCUUCCGUGACCGAUGGCUCAGUUUUGGCUACGGUCGCCCACUCAGGAUCAACGCAGAUGAUUGCGAUGUCCCAAUGCCAACAUCUGACUGCAUGUAUGGUCCUGAACGACUUCCUCAGCCAUGGAGGAAGUACGUUCCAAAUGAGCUGUCACAGCUCGUGCCCAUUUGGCUGGGCCUACUCCAAUUGACAGUGGUGCUUGGCGAUGUCUUGACUGCCAACUACCAGCCUCGAAAGUCGGCCAUGGACCCAAACACCCUCGAUCAACUUGAUCGACGGAUCUCGGAAUGUCUGCCAGACAAACAGGCGCCUCCAAUGUAUCCAGAGUUGGUGCAAUUUUUUGACUCGUACGCGCGUCUUCAUGUCGAGUCAGCCACGAUCGCACUUUACAGGCCAUUCGCAUCCGAGUUUGUUACGAGUAGUCGCACCAUGGCUUCGAAUUCGGCACUGUUACCCGCUGCCGACAUCAAGAUAAGAGCUGCAGCGACCCGAGCCAGCUGCAUUCUGGACAGAAUUGUGGCAACUGAUACUCUUCGCUUUGCUGGCCCAAUGAUGGUGCCUCUACUUGUUCCGGCCAUGACCAUCCACCUACUUCAGGCUCGAUCUCAUGAUCACUUCACAAGCUCGUGGAGCAAGAACCGCCUAGAACUGUCGUUGCUGGUGCUGAAGAGACUCGAAGAGAACUACCCAGCGGUCUCUCUGGUCUACGAGCUAUUUGCCCAUGCACAAGACAGGAACUCCUUGCCAUUUGGCAUCUCCCGACCCUGCUCGACCAGCUAUCUCACCCGAUCAGCGAGCAACCACAGCUCACCGUGGAGUGAGAUAUCACGAGACUCGUUCAACAACCCCAUGAGCGCGUCAGGUCUGAAUGGAUGGACGAGCCCUGACCUGGGCCCAGGCAUGGAGCUGUGGAACAUGACUCCACCAGAGAAACUUUUCUUUCCGUUUGAUGACCUAAUGAGCAGACUUUGA